CUUCUGUCCCCAAAGCAUGUGGAACCUACACUUGUGUAAAGUGUCUAGUAUUUGUGUCAGCUAUCUGAAGUCAUGAAGCUUGAUAACAAGUGCACAUCUUUGUUUCAGAAGAUACUCCAGGUGGAUCAAAUUUUAUCUGAGUUCCGACUCAAGAAACAAGAGCUACAGGAAGUGAUGAGGCGGAUGCAAAACGAGAUGGAGCGUGGCCUGAGACUCGAAACUCACGAGGACGCCAGUGUGAAAAUGUUACCCACUUAUGUGCGCUCCACUCCUGAAGGCUCUGAGGUUGGUGACUUUUUGGCCCUUGACCUGGGUGGCACCAAUUUCCGGGUGAUGUUGGUCAAAGUAGGAGAGGAUGAAGAAAGAGGAUGGAAAGUAGAGACAAAACAUCAAAUGUAUUCCAUUCCAGAGGAUGCUAUGACUGGCACAGCUGAAAUGCUUUUUGACUACAUUGCUGAAUGCAUCUCAGAUUUCCUGGACAAGCACAAAAUGAAGCACAAGAAACUCCCUCUGGGAUUCACCUUCUCGUUUCCUGUGCGCCAUGAAGACAUUGACAAGGGAAUCCUGUUGAACUGGACCAAGGGAUUCAAGGCAUCUGGAGCAGAAGGGAAUAAUGUAGUAGGUUUGCUUCGUGAUGCCAUCAAAAGACGAGGGGACUUUGAAAUGGACGUGGUGGCUAUGGUGAAUGAUACAGUGGCAACAAUGAUCUCUUGCUACUAUGAAGACCGUAGCUGUGAAGUUGGGAUGAUCGUAGGAACUGGCUGUAAUGCCUGCUACAUGGAGGAGAUGCGCACAGUGGAGCUUGUUGAAGGAGAGGAGGGUCGGAUGUGUGUCAACACUGAAUGGGGAGCAUUUGGAGACACUGGAGAGCUGGAAGAUUUCAGACUUGAGUAUGACCGAGUUGUGGAUGAAACGUCCAUCAAUCCUGGUCAGCAGCUCUAUGAGAAGAUCAUCAGCGGGAAAUACAUGGGUGAGCUAGUCCGACUUGUGCUAUUAAAACUGGUCAAUGAAAAUCUUCUUUUUGGUGGCGAGGCUUCAGAUAUUCUCAAAAUGAGGGGCAGCUUUGAAACCAAAUUUGUCUCCCAGAUUGAAAGUGACACUGGUGACCGCAAGCAGAUAUAUAACAUUUUGACAACAAUUGGUUUAAUGCCAACUGAACUUGAGUGUGACAUUGUAAGACUGGCAUGUGAAAGUGUGUCAACACGUGCUGCUCACAUGUGUGGUGCUGGGUUGGCAGGAGUGAUAAAUCAUAUGAGAGAGCGUCGCAAGCAAGAGAUGUUGAAGAUCACUGUUGGCGUGGAUGGCUCAGUCUACAAACUACAUCCCAGCUUCCAGCACAAAUUUCAGAAAGCAGUACGAGAUCUAACACCUCAUUGUGAUAUCACGUUCAUCCAGUCUGAAGAAGGAAGUGGGCGAGGAGCAGCCUUGAUUUCAGCUGUGGCUUGCAAAAUGGCUUGCAUGUUAAACCAAUGAGUGUGUCGCAGCAUUCUCUGCAACCAUCAAGGUGUACUGGAACACUUCCACUUACAACACCACUACACUAAGACAGGUGAAUUAUCAUGAUGGCUCUCUGUAAACCCUUGUGGUCUCAUCUGGUGCAGCAGACCACUAAGGAGAGACUAGACCCUACCUAAUGGGGUGUGUUGAUGUCAUGAUGAUGAAAGGAUGCUUGCAGUAGUGGUUGUGACUUUAUUUACUGACAAGCACAUGUAGGUUUAGAAACACACAAAUGUAAACAUACAGACCUCACACAACCAGUCUUUGCUUGAUAACCAUUUUCAGACAUUUCCAAAUCAGGAAAGCCUGGUUAACAGAAAAUUACAGAGAAGACUUCACUGUCAUACUGGUCUAACACAUCCUCAAUAAAUACUGUAUCUACAUGCGUACCUGCCAGUGCCAAGACUUUCCACUGGCAUGCACAGUGUGUAGUAUGCAGAGCAAUCGUUCUGAUUUUGCAGGGAUCUUCUUUUCUUAGACUGUUAUGAUUUUGUAUUUUAUUUUAUUUUUAAAAGAAGGAAAAACUUGGCAAAACUGGAUUUUUUUUGAGUAAUUUCCAGGACACAUUAGCAGAAACUGUUCUUUGCUAUUUUUGUUGUUAUAGUACUUGUUUUUUAGGUCUGGACUGUUUUGGCAACAAAAUGCUGCAUUGUAUAUGGUCCAGAAAUGGACACAGACUACCCCUUCAGGUUUUAGUAUGGUUCAAGGAUUUUCAUUUUAAUGAUAUGGUGACGUACACCGCCCAUUCAAAGGAGGACUCCCACACCCUUAAAGUGAGAGACAAAAAUAUUGCAACAUCUACUGCAAUACUCCUAGUGCCUAUUAUGUUAUCUUUCCUCUGCAUUCCUAUUCAAAUUUUCAAAGAACAGUAAAGUUCUUGUUGUAAAGACAGACUUCGCCUAGCUGCUGUUUCAAAAAUAUUUGGUCCUACAGGUAUUCUACAAAACUGAUUUUGAUCCAUAACUGCAAAUGCCAACUUGAAUCAAAAAAUUCUAACACUGCAUUAGUCUCUACUGUCUGCUUGUGGUGUGGCUUAGUAGAACCAUAUACCACUAGACUGUACUGGCACAAUGUAUUCCUAAGCAAUUUGUUUAAACUUCAUGUGCUCCCCUUGUCAAAAUACGAAAAUAUAGUAAUUAUACUUCACCCUUAUGACUUGUAAACCUCUAUGACCAUGAAGGCAGUUUGGUCUCCUGCCUGACUGUCUAUUAACUGUAUACUUGUCUUUGGUCUGAAUAAAAAAAAACAAACCAUCCACUGUAUUUGUUUAGCUGUUUGGAACAGUCUUUCCUACAGAAAUCUGUUCUGUGAAAUAAAUAUCGUUCAUUUGGAGGCAUUAAAUAAGUAAAUGUAUUGAAUAAUCAUGUUAUCUGCAGAAAAACACUGACAUCAUGAUCCACAGCAGCACCUUUAAUCAAACAUUGAAUCCAUGUCAUAAAAAUAACUAUUAGCCACUCACAAUGAUACAAAUACAAAAGAAAUUAAGAGACCCCUCCUCUUGACAUCUAUUCUAUUAUGUAUAAGUAAAAACUGCCACAACAGGCAAUUUUUAGGGGCAUUACUUCAAAUCACUAAAUUCAGAAUGAGUAUGACACACAUGUAGUUGGCAACAGCAUUGCUCCAACUGUUCUGUUAAAGGAACGUUACAAAUGAUACUAAUGACCAUAAGCAGAGUGGCCAAGUAGUUGACACAUUUAGGUAAGAUCACAGUAAUGCACGUUUAAACCCCAAAACCUGCACUAUCUGUAAAAUAUAACAUUUGUAUUAGAAGUCCUGUUGAAUUCUAAAUUUAAAGAAAAAAAUAAAAAAAUGUAACCACAAAAGGCACCAUUUAUCUAUACAGUUUAAUAGUUUGAGAAAUAAAAUGUUCAGUUUUAACUGAAGCUUACUUUCACAUUUUUCUGCAUAGCAUAUGUAUUUUAUAUGCAUGAUUACAAACAUGCAGAUGAGCAAGGGAACUGUAGGCUGGGGAAUAUUAUGGAGAACUGGGAUGGGACCGCACAAUGCCCUUGUGAAUUAUGUGAAUUACAUGACAGCAGGGUAAGAAAACAGUCAGUGUGUGUUAAGUGCCCUGGUAACAAUACUAAUGAGACAGAGGUGUGACCUGGAAAAAUACUAAGGUUAAAAUCAGGGGAACGACUCAAUGAGUAUGAAGUCAAGUGAUGGUUUAUGGUAAGAGUUUGACUGGUUGCAGUCAAAGAAGCCAGGGUAAUGAGAGCAAAAAGGUAAAGCCAUGACUUGGAAGAGGAAAAGUAAAUAUGUGAAUAGGCACUUUAAAGUGGGCAAGUGGACAAGCCAUCCUACCUCAAAGAUAAGGCCUUGAAUCUGAAUGUGUAGGCCCAGGGAGACUGCUGGGUUUGUUUAUGGUUUUAUUUGUUACUUUUGUGUUUCUCAUGUUGUUUUGUCUCUAAUUGUAUACUUUUUAUAUAUACUUUUUUUAUAUUUUGGCCUUCUUGGCGUUAUUCUGGAUUUUUGACUUUCUGAGUACUCCUUGGUUUUCACAAAAUGUAUCAAUUUGUUUAAAUCGCACCUAAAGCUGAACCAUAAUUAUUCUAAAAAAGAUCAAAAUUACAGCUUUUGACGAUUGACUUCAUGCUGCUAAAUUUUAGUAGGUUGUACAAUACAACCUGAAUGUAUUUUAGCAAUAUGUACAUUUAUUAUCAUAUAGCAAAUGAUUAUGCAGCUUUGUAGCUACUGCUGUCUGAAGCUUUGUGGCUAUUACAAUAAAGCUUCUUCUGACCCAGCUUUUCUUUAGUACUUCUGUCUCAUUUGUUAUUGUACUAUCUGUAUGUACAGUUUUGAACAUGUCAUGUGUUAUUAUGUAGCCCAUUCUUAUGUUUGUUUUGUACUUGUGUUGAUGCUCAUUAUGAAACUGCAUUAAAUAUAAAUUGAUUAGCUAUCUAAAAUGUUUGCAGUAAUUGUAUACUGAAGAAGUAAAGGGGGGUGGGGGGAGUGAAUGAAAACUAGCUUAUCAACCACCUCAUUUUCCAAAGAAUAGUUUGAUGAUAUUAUGGCAUUAAAGUAAACCUUUGUAUACUGUAUAUACUGCUUAUUAUUCUUUGUAAUUAUAUUCAGGGCAAAGGGCAUCAUGAAAUAAAGUCUGAAUGACUGACCUUGA